AUGGUGUUUGGCAAUAGUCUUCCCUCCAAUCGUUCAGAGCAUGUCCUCAAUUAUUGGACGGACCGUCAAACCAAGUACAUCUCAGAUGGAACGGUCGGUCCAGGAUCUAUCCCUUCUUCUGCACUUCCCGAACUGUCUUUCCCCACCAGACAGGAUCAUUCGGUAUAUCCGAAGGGUCCUCGUCCUCGUAUACUCUCUUCAGAUAUUGAUGAUGAUAAUACGGAGGAGGAGAAUCCUAGGAAGUUGAGGGUUGGAAUUUCACCUUCGACUUCAACCUCGAGGGAAACAGCAACGGGCACUGAAGAAGGGACCAAAAAGCGCAUGAAGGAGGAUGGAGGGAGUGAAGCGAGCAUGACGAAGAAUGAUAUUCGGACUGAUAGCCAGAGUACGAAUGCAACGAGCAAGACCUCUGAUGAGGCGGAUCAAGAGGAUAAGAAGGAGGAAAAGGCGAUUACCCACUCGGAACGAUUUGAUUCAACAGUAUCGUCAAAUACAUCGUCAAAUACACGUGAUACCUCCACGAAGGGUAAUUCUGAUUCUGAAAGUAGUAAUACUGUUACGUCUGGUUGGAGGUCUGUACCAGUCACCACGACGAUCAUACCGAAUGGGUCGUAA